AAUAACGGAUCAAGUAACUGGUGCCCGUAGAAACAAAUUAUUGCUCAGUGAGUUAUCUGCAAUAUUUGGGAAACAGAACGGUGAAGGUAACGAAGAUAGUCCUUUAAAUCUAGACGAGUAUCCGGCCGAGAAGUCAGUCUCUAUGAAUGAUUCUGACACAUUUCCCGUUAGGACUUAUUAUUUUGAUGAAGAUAAAGGUCAUACAGAGGUUUCGCAACAAAAAUCAGCAUCAAAUCCAGGACCCACUAGAAAAAGUCUUGAAGAAACUAAAAAGAGUCUCAACGAAGCUAGAGAGAAUCUCAAUAAAGCCGACCGAACGAAUUUAGAAAAAGAGAUGGUAGAGUAUCAUGGAGACAACAAUGAGAUCAUAGAGCUCCGUCAGAAAAUACUGCAAUAUAAAGCAACAGAAGAAAGAUAUACUCAACAGAUGCUUGAAUUGAAUAGAGAACUUCAGCACAGCAUGCGCGAACAUGAAAAUUAUAAAUAUCAUGGAGACAACAAAGAGAUCAUAGAGCUCCGUCAGAAAGUACUGCAAUAUAAAGCAACAGAAGAAAGACAUACUCAACAGAUGCUUGAAUUGAACAGACAACUUGAGCACAGCAUGCUCGAACAUGAAAAUUAUAAAUAUCAUGGAGACAACAAAGAGGUCAUAGAGCUUCGUCAGAAAAUACUGCAAUAUAAAGCAACAGAAGAAAGAUAUACUCAACAGAUGCUCGAAUUGAACAAACAAUUUGAGCACAGCAUGCGCGAAAUGGAAAAUUAUAAA